AUAAAUAAAAAGCUUCUCAAGGAAGGCUUUUUCAAAAUUGCCCUCUUUUCAAUAGAAAUUUUGCCCUAUAUUAGGGUUAGCAGUAUGUACCAGGGUAGGGAUAGGGCAGUGGUGGUGAACCUAUGGCAUGCGUGCUCCAGCGGGCAUGCAGAGCCCUCUGUGUCAGUACACGGGCCAAGUCACCCCAGCAUCACCCCAGCAGCCGAGCAUCGGGUUGGGGUGCACACAGGGGCCAUGCCAUAAGUAAGUGGGCUUUGGGUUGCAGUUUGGGCACUCGGUUUCUAAAAGGUUUGCCAUCAGUUUUUUAGUACCUCUUUAAUUCGCUUGUCAUUCAGUUGUCCAACCACCAUCUGAGCCGGUGACUUGCUUCUGAUGUAUUUAAAGAAUUUUUAUUGUUUAUCUUACUUUUAUUGGUGAUACGCUCCUGAAACUCCGCCCACCAUUUUUGCCUCCGUUAUGAUUCCUUGCAUUUUCUUUAUGCAUUUCUUUCUUUCUUUUGGUCUCAUUUGGGCAAGAUUUCUAUUUUCUGAAGGAAGACCAUUUAUCGCUAAUAGCUACCUUAGUACCUCUUGUUAACCAUGCCGGAGACCUCUUAGACCUGGUGCCCUGUUUCCUGACCUCUGACACACCCUAGCUGAGCUUCUGUUACUGUGAUUUUGAGUAAUCCGCGAGCAUUUGACUGCACCAGUGUGCUUGGACUAUUCUGACUUCCCUUUUCCCUGUUUUAAACCACUCCCUUCAUUUUAGAGAAGUUGCAACCACCCAUGACUACAUAGAAAUUAAAUUAUCAUUGUUUCCUAUUGAUUUUGUAGCACUCAUCGCUCACUCUAGGUCCUGGAAGCAUCACUCAGGAUUAAGUUGAGAGUUACCUCUAUUCAGGAAAUUCCUUUGAGCACCAAGAAUGCCACUGGAAUGCAUUUGGAGAAUGAUGACUCUUGCCUUUCUCUUCCAUGGCUUCCUGUUCUUUUGAUGAUUUUCUAAUUGAAUUGAUUCGGAAGAAACUCCGCCCAGGAUCAUGACUGAAGAAAAGAGUCUUGGUGUGUCUCAGAGAGUCUUGUCUCCUUCAAGAAGUACCAGCAGCUGCUCGUCUAAGCAGGGAAGUAGACAGGACAGCUGGGAAAUUGUAGAAGGAUUACGGGGAGCCAUGAAUUACACCCAGGAACCACAGAAACAGGAAGGCUUCUUGCUGAAGAAAAGGAAAUGGCCUCUGAAAGGCUGGCACAAGAGAUGGUUCUUUCUGGACAAGGGAAUUCUGAAGUAUGCCAAAAGUCCGGCUGACAUAGAGAGAGGGAAGCUGCAUGGGUGUAUAGACGUUGGGCUUUCGGUGAUGUCUGUAAAGAAAUCAACGAAAUGUAUAGAUUUGGAUACUGAAGAACACAUUUACCAUUUAAAGGCAAAAUCUCAGGAAGUCUUUGAUGAAUGGGUAGCAAAGCUACGCCAUCACAGAAUGUACCGUCAAAAUGAAAUUUCCAUGUUUCCACAUGAUAUCAGCAAUCAUUUCUUCCCCACAUCAUCAUCUGUUACAGAAUCCAUCACUGGUCUUUUGGAAUCCUCAGCAAGCAAAAAAAGAGGCAGCAUGACACAACAAAAUUCAGUGCAGACUGGAAGUUCUUUAUCAUUCCCCUGUUCAAGCAAUGAAUCAAGGAUUCCAUCUUGGCUGCAGUCUUCUGACGAUAUGGAAAGAUGCUCCAAAGACCUCUCCCACUGUCAUAACUAUCUCUUGGAGAUGAGCCAGCUUUUACAAAGCAUGGAAGUUCUCCACAGGACGUAUUCAGCACCUGCCAUAAACGCCAUGCAGGGCAUCCCUUUUGAAAGUCCUAAAAAGGAAAAAAGAACACACAGAAGGUGGCGUUCCCGAGCUCUCGGUAAAGAUGCUAAGGGAAUGUUACAGGUACCCACUGUUAUCUCUGCUCCAUUGAGACUCCAUGCUUCCAAUCCGAAUUUAUCUACAUUAGAUUUUGCUGAAGAAAAAAUUUACUCGAAUGGUUCUGAAACAACAUCAGAAUUUUCUAAAAUGCAAGAAGACUUGUGCCACAUAGCACACAAAGUGUACUUUACCUUAAAGUCGGCUUUUAGUAUGAUCUCCACAGAAAGAGAGAAGUUGAAGCAGAUGUUGGAACAUGAUUCAGCCUCGUCACCAUCGGCACAAAUAGUUGGAUUAAAGAAUGCCUUAUCAUCUGCCAUAGCACAAAACACAGAUCUUAAAGACCGGUUACGCAGAAUACAUGCCGAAUCUAUUCUCCUUGAUUCAGCAGCUAGUGCAAAAUCCAUCCCUGAUUUGGCCAAGGAACAUUCAGAAGAUGAAAACAGGAGUCUAGUUCACCAGCUCUCCAAUGAAAGUCGACUGUCCAUAACAGAUUCCCUGACAGAGUUUUUUGAUGCACAGGAAGUCCUGCUGUCUGCCAGCUCUUCAGAAAAUGAGGUAUCUGAUGAUGAUUCGUACGUCAGUGAUGUAAGUGAUAAUAUCUCUGAAGACAACCUAAGUAAUGACGUGGAGAAUGAAAGGCAGACCCUCGAUUCCAUGCCUGAUGGAAGCAUGGAAUGCCAUUCCAAGCGGAGGACGUGCCUGCCAGCUCCAUGCCCCAACACAAGUAACAUCAGCCUCUGGAACAUUCUGCGCAACAAUAUUGGGAAAGAUCUCUCCAAGGUUGCUAUGCCGGUUGAGUUGAAUGAGCCACUGAACACUUUGCAGCGACUCUGCGAGGAACUGGAAUACAGCGACUUGUUGGACAAGGCGGCACACACCCCCAGUCUGUUUGAGAGGAUGGUAUACGUAGCUGCUUUUGCGGUAUCUGCCUACGCAUCCAGUUACUACAGAGCUGGAAGUAAACCAUUUAAUCCUGUGCUUGGAGAAACCUAUGAAUGUAUUCGUGAAGAUAAAGGUUUCCAAUUUUUUUCUGAACAGGUCAGUCAUCACCCACCUAUAUCUGCAUGUCAUGCUGAAUCAGAUAACUUUGUGUUUUGGCAAGAUAUCAGGUGGAAAAACAAAUUCUGGGGGAAAUCCAUGGAAAUUGUGCCAAUUGGUACAACUCAUGUAAUUUUGCCAGCUUUUAGGGAUCAUUAUGAAUGGAAUAAGGUAACAUCAUGCAUUCACAAUAUCUUAAGUGGACAGCGAUGGAUAGAACACUAUGGAGAAAUCAUAAUCAAGAAUAUGAAUGACAACAGCUGUCACUGCAAGCUUACUUUUGUAAAGACAAAAUACUGGAAUCACAAUGCUCAUGAAAUUGAAGGCAGUGUUUUUGACGAAAAUGGAAAAGUAGUACAUCGUCUUUUUGGAAAAUGGCAUGAGAGUAUAUACUGUGGAUCAUCGUCUUCAGCGAACUGCAUCUGGAGAGCAAAUCCAAUGCCUAAAGAUUACGAACAGUGGUAUGGUUUCACUCAAUUUGCAUUAGAAUUAAAUGAAUUGGACCCAGUCACUAGACCACUGUUACCAUCUAGUGACACACGAUUUAGACCAGACCAAAGGCUCCUAGAAGAAGGGAAUAUUGAAGGAGCAGAAAUACAAAAACAGAGAAUUGAACAGCUACAAAGAGAGCGGCGGAAAGUUCUAGAAGAAAACAAUAUGGAACAUCAGCCUAGAUUUUUCAGGAAAUCUGAAGACGAAUCCUGGGUCAGCAAUGGCACUUACUUAGAACUUAGAAAAAAUCCUGGUUUUUCCAAGCUGGAUAAUCCUGUCCUGUGGUGAAAAAGGACAAGAGAAGAGGACAUUUUCUCUAAUUAUAAUUUAUAAGGAAAGAAAUGCUGCAUAUCACUUCGAUAUUCUAAACUCCUGCUCAGUUUAGAUUUUUGACAUGCACAGUUACUUUGUUCCGAGUCUCUUGCUAUUUUGAUAGUAGCCAUGAUUUGUUUGAAUGUACAAAAACUCUUUCUUUACAUAUGCUAUUUAAUAAAAAUUGAUGAAUGUUAUUUCUGAGGGGAGGGAAAAGAGACAGAUGCUUUAAACACUAUUUUUUUUCCAAAGGAUAAUGUAUGUUCAGAUUAAAUGCCUUAUCAAGUUGUGUGACAGACAGUAUAGCAGCUCUCACUUGUGCUACUGAAACUGGCUGCCACUGAUUCUCCAUUAUGUCAGGAAACUACCAAAGCUGAAGGAAGUUUAUUUAUUAUGUCUUUUGCCUAAGAUUCCAGCUUAUGGCUGAAGUCUUUUUGGAGGUGUUUUUUUUAAAAAAUAAAAUAAAAUAAAAUAUUUAAAGCACAAUUUUAUGCAUGUUUAGACAGAAAAAUGUCUACAACUCAUUUGAUUAGGGCAUGCUGGGAGCUGUAGGCUUUUUUCCUAUUUAAACACAUAGGAUUCUGCCAUUAGUAACAUAGUAUUUUUACACAAUUGGAUAACCUAUUCUAAGAAAUAGCAUUAAGUGGUAGCAGUAAUGAAGGUCUACUGCCUUACAGAAAAGGGCACUCUCACUUGGGAAUUCCUCUGAAUCCUUGUUGAGAUGAAUGGCACUUGAACCAUAGUAGAUUCCAGCAAGGCUUGCAUGCGAAUGUCCAAGUAGAUUGUGUUCCAAGUUUGUACCAUAUAAUAUAUACAAAUGCUGUGUAGACUAAAUUUUUAGGGCACAAUCCAACAAAAAUUUAGUUGUGGGUAAAAUCUCAUAGAACCAAAUAGAUGGGAGUUGGUUGCCAGCAACUAUAUUUUGCUGGAUUGUACUAUUAACACAGUACUUCUAAGCCAGAAAUGUUGGUAAAAAUGAUUAAAUUGAAGAAGUACAGUUCUGACUUUAAUUAGAGCAAAUCCUUAUAGAAUAUGAGCUUUUCUUUAUUUUAUUCUCCUGGCUUGUUUCUAAAACAAAAAAAAAUCUGCUGGACAAUAGAAAAGCUCUUCUUUUUAACUCUUUGCAAAGUAGCUAAUUGUGUUAAGAGAUAGAUGUUUUCUGAAAUAAGAUUUUGGUAUUUUCUACCUCUUCUGAGCAGCAUAUUUAAUACCUUGUAUUUUUAAAAAGCUGACCAUCUGCCUUAGAUAAAUGUAUGGAAUAUAUUAUCUUCCUUUAACUGUUUUGUGUUCAGGUAAAUAUUUGUCUUGCACUAAAACGGUUAUAUGUUUUCCCCAGUCCUUUGUACGUAUUCUAAUCUCUUCAUGAGCAUACGUCACAUGCUGAAACAAUAAUUCAAAACAGACAAAACUGCAUUCUGUAAUGGAAGUGGAAGGCAUUUGGUUUGUUUCUUUGUUCAGUCACAGUUUUACUAUAGUAUAUAAUACCUUGCUUAAUAGAAAACAGUGCUCAAAAAUAACAUUCGGUACACAACCUUGUUUCAGAUCUAUUGCCUUCAAAUCAAGGAGGGAAAGUCACUGGGUUGCAGAAUCGAAUGCUUUCUUCUGUAGAUUUCAUCUGCUUCUUGGUACACAGCACAUGACUUGCUUCCUAGUGCUAUAUCAGGAUGUAAAAUCCAUUAAUUUCAAUACCCUGUUGGAGCUCCUGCAUGGGAAGGCUGCUCCAAAUCACUUUUAUGCCACCAUGCAAGUAUAUCUGACACAUGCUCAGAGGGCUGUUCUUUCAAAUAAGUGAAUUGGAGAGCUUGUGCAGGCCAGAUUGGUGUGUCUGCUAGUGCAGCAAGAGACAUUGAGAACAUAGCUAGUGUGCUUAGAUUCAAGGUGUCUGAGAUACAAUUAUCACAUUAUUGAUAACGUACGUAUACCAUAGUACAAAGUUCACCAGUCAGCUGUAUCUAAAGAUACUUGAUUUAUUUACAGGUGCACAUCAACGUAGUGGUGAAAUAUGAAAAGCAUAUAAAAACUUUGCAUAAUCUCCAGUUUAAAUCUUCCUUUGCAGUUUCAGUGCUCCCACCUCCUUUCCAGUAUUGGACUAAACACUGACAUUCUAGUAAAACAUUCAGCAAAACCUGUCCUCAGUUACAAAUGUUUCAGUUUAUUUUUUAGAAGAUCCUACAUGAGCAUAAUUCCAUUCCUGUCUUUCAGCAUAACAAGUUAUGUGCUGCCUCAUUAGAGUAUUUGGAGAAUACAACUGCAUCAUUUCUUUUUUAUUAAGUGAUACAGCAAGUCUAAGUGGGCAGCAAAAGAGCAAACAUGUACCAGCCUAGGUGAAUAAUAGAAGGUAGGAUUGCCACUUGGCCCUGUCAGCCCACCUCAGCAUCUUUUUAAAAUGUCCUUCCUGUGCCUGGGUGUAGGCAAAAGUUCUCAUACCAGGAUAGCCCCACUUAAGAACAGUUCCAGGGCCCUGUCCCAUUCCCCAUAUCUACCACUGGGAAUCUAACAUUAUCUAUUGCUAAUGAGAACACUACUAAUGAUGGAGUUAUGCCCACUGACAUUUCCAUGAGUAUAACUGGGGCCUUCAGGGUAUGAAUGUACAGAAUUUAUUAAAGUUUUUCUGUGUUUUGCAGAUUUUCAAGUUCUUUUGUCCCAUCAUCUACUCCCUGAUGGAAAUGAUUUUUGUACAAAUGAGUUCAUAUGCAUUUAUGGAAACAUGCACUUCGAAAAAUGCACAGGUCUUCCCAAAAUGUGCAUGUUCAUACUUUAGUCUAUGAAGUGAAAUGCACAUGUUCAGGGCUUAAAUGUUUUUUGCAUAGGUUGCACUACUAAAUUUGUGCAACAUUACAAAAAGCAGGGGCAUAAGUGCAUGGAAUCUGUGUGACUUGGGAAAAGCCAGUCCACUGAGGAACCCACAGGUCAAAUUCGGAGACAACCAAACUAAUGUGGCAGAUUUCUCUGACGUGCCUAUUCCAUGCUAUAUACCUCCCCUUCCACUAGGGCAGUGGUGUCACUAUUGCAAGGUAACUUCAGUGGAUGGUUGAUCGAUUAUAUUACGAUUGUUCUGCUUGGCACAUAAUUAUUGUAAUUUUCUUUUUGACCCUACCUUCUUGUAUUCACAAGACAAGUUGCUGCCAAUAUCUCAACAAAAUCCUAAGUUUAUUUGACCAUUCUCUAUAUAGCAAUAUGGCACACGUCACAGUAUUAUUAUUUUCCUGAUAAAGAGUUCCUAAACCUUUUGUAGUUUCCUUUAUAAUUACUCCUCCUGAAUGAUUUUAUAUCAUUCACAUUGUUUUUCUUUUUGGAUUUAUUUAUAUUUAAUUUGACUCCACAUAAAAUUAUUUCCUAAAUCCUUCAAUAUUUGGACAACUGUGUCAUACCAUACAAUUAAUAUGCUUAUAUGUCCUUUCUUGCCUAAAACCAUUUUAAUGCCCAGCUAAGAAUGAUUGUUUAAUUUUGCCUUGUCCUUCAGAAGCUCCCCUGAAUUGGAUGCUUGGUGGUGGUUAUCUGUGAAAAUGCUACUUUCUUUUGUUUUUUGCUGCUUCAUACAGUGUGCAACCCAAAUGCAGUUUUUAAUAUUUAAUGCAGCUUUAAAAAAGGGUACAUUGCUUGUUCAUGAGCCAGGGCUUACCAUAAUACAUGCAUUAAUCAUUUGGAUGCUCCAGAAGAAAUCAGUUUCCAGGAUUCAAAAAGGGAAAACUGGUCUAUUUGUUGCUUCAGGUUUUGUUUGCUAGAAUUUGUCUAUUGUAUUUUAAGACCCCAUAGAGUCAGAAUGGCAGUCUCCUACCAUGUCAGUCAAUUACACUGCACAAGCCUAAGUGACUUCUUGCAUAGUGCCAAUUGGCACAGCAGGAUAUGGCCCUGCAUGUGUCUCCAUGUUAAUUUCAUUGUUUACUUGGCUUUUCAUAUACAGAACAGGAGCUGAGUGAUGAACAAUUAUAUACCAGUUGACCAAAUACACUGCAUCACAGGCUGAAUAACCUGUUAUCGCAUGUAACUUAGUCCUUUUUACCCUUAAGGGGUGAUAAUAUGAAAUGAACGGUUUGUUGCCUAUUUUGUUAUCUUCUUGAAUAUCUCUAGCCUGAUCUAUUCUCCAAAUAGCAAGAGAAAUAUUGGCAUACAGAGCCAGAGCAAGCAGAAACCAGCAUGGUAACUCUGAACAUUAGGCAGAUUAACCUUCCAGUAUUUGCAGUUAGGAACUGUUUUUUCACACUGUAGGGAAGAUUCGUGCUCAUCCGCAUCAAUGCUGGUACAAGUCAGUGCAAGUAGAAGAAAUUCAGGUAACAAACUCUGAUCCUGCCAAUGUUCAGAUGACAGAAUGAAAGUUACCUGACAACCCUCAAACCAUACAUAAAACAGAUUUAACAAUCAGUCAUUCUUAGCACCAAGUUCUCACUUGCAGUAUGUUGGACACUGUUUUAGGGCAUUUACAAGUCUGACUCAUAAUUUGACAACACAAUUCCACACUGGAAGGAUUUUUAGUUUCCUUGCUGAUUAGAACUAUUCCACAGAGAAUCACAGCAUUGGUACAAGAGGAACAACAAUUCAUGUACUAGGUCUGUGUCAGAUCCUGCAUGAAAUGGGCCAAAUGGAGUAAAGAAAAGCAAAUCAGUAAUAUUUAUUAAGACUAGAGGGACAGCAAGGUAAUCAACAAAUCAUUACACAUGUAAGGCAGAACACCUUGGAACUGCACAAUACUUAAUUAGAACAAUGCUUUUAUAGUUUACCUCAUCCUCUGACAACUUUCUCAUAGGAAUUUUCCUCCCACCUUUCAUAUCUUAUAUAAGGAUAACGCUUUCAAGAAGUGGCUCAAAACACCUAUCCUUGGUCUGAUUCCUUCUUGUUCUCUCUUAUCUAGGAGCAGUUCUUCUACAGCUACAUGCACAUUAAGUUUUCUUUUUAACCUUGUAUUUGUACACUAUCUUCUCCAAUACCUGUGAUGAAAGUACCAUGCUCUGUUCUUUUCCAGAGUUCAGAAGGUCUUUGAUCUUGAAAGCAGAAACCUUAUGACAAAGUAUGCAUUUCAGUUCAUUUAAAAUUAAAGAAACUGGACUUUUUGUUCCAACACUUUUACUGUGACAAAAAUGCUUUAGUGUACAGAUUCUAAGCAUCAAGUCAGCAUCACAUUAACAAUGCACUAAUGUACACAAAGACCCUAAUCUGAAAAUAUAAUGAUUGUGGAAACUGUUCUGGUAGGGGAGAAGGUGCAUGCUGGAGUUAAUAUGCGCACACAUGUGCACGCAAGAGCAAGCAAGAGAGACUGACUCUUCCCUGCAAUAGACCACUGGACUGAGGCAUCUAACUGCAUUUCAUUUAAAAGUUUGAAUAUAUAAUCUGUAAAGAUAUUCCAGCUCUCUGAAUCUGAAAGAAAUUAACAAGUUAGUAUAGUACUAUGGAUAGCAUUUGUGGGAUGGCUUAAAUGGAUUAAAACAAAAAAGUUUCUCUCAACAUUGUUUACAACAAAUUGCAAAUGCAGUCAAAAGCCCAACAAACAGGCAGGAUUCAUGCAGAAAUCUGCAAAGGUUCAAGUGAGUUUGGAUUUCUGUGACUCCAACCUGCAGAUUCUUUAACCGAGAUUUUCCAAGUCAUGCAGAUUCCGUGGAUUUAUGGACUGAUUCUUCUCUUUGGGAGUAGGGGAGUUAUACUAAUUCACAGUAUUUAAUGGGCAUUAGCACAAGUGUGCACUUCUUAAAAUGUGCUGGUGUGAAUUAGUUAUUUCAAAAACAAAAUUCUAGUGUGGGCAUCCAGUUUUGUCAAUGAGUGGCCAAUGGGCCAAAAGAUGUCUGACAAUCAACAAAACACAGAACAGAUUUAAUCAUAUUUGUAUAUCCCUACAACCAAAGCAUUUCAGUUCAAAUUUCAAACUGCAUAAAAGCAACAGUAAAAAACUUCCUAGUAAGUACUAAAAGACAGCAGAAAGAAGAUAGCAGGGACGAAGAUGGUCUUCUGGGAUGGCAGCAUUCCACAUUUGCGGAAUGUGGAUGCUAGCUUAAUCUUCCUUAAGGAAGAACUUGGCACCGAGCUUCACCAGUAGAUCAUAAGCCCCUCAGUGAAGUUCAUAUGGGACAAAGAAUUAUUUUGAGAUACAGGGGAUACCAAAUGUUUAACUAUGUGUAGCUUUAACCAAUUGAAAGCUGGACACAGCUCAGGGUUCUAACAUUCCCUCAGCUUCAGCACUGUAGUCAGUAUGAUACUUAACUAGUUUCAUGUCAUCUGCUCUGACGAUUAGAGCUCAUGUUCUUGCCCUCUGGCUGUUCAUGAGCAAAUAUCUUUUCUGACUACUUAAGCCAUCCCCUUGACAGAGCAAGCAAGCGAGCUUGCUCCUCUGAAAUUAGUAUUCUCAAUUAUUGCUGUGCUAUGCAUCUGGAAUGAAGCACAAGAAAUCCUCAGCUAAAUUUUCUUGUAUUAAAAUACUCGUAAAUGUCCUCAUGGAUGUGCUGAAACGUUGAGUGGGGAGUAUCUCCUGAGAGUUUAGGCUCCAUGGGGCCUGAGGUGGGUUAGAAGAAGCCCUACAAUGCCCUUUCCUAUCCCAAUUCUGCACUGUCUUUCCUUUUUUGCCACCUUUUGGAUCAUUCAAAUGUGCCCAUUUUGCACGUUUUCUGAUAAUUUUCCUUGACACAGAAUGUUUCCUUUUCAAACACUUCUGAAUGCUUGGGGAUAUGGGGCUUGUUUGGCACUACUUCAAUUAACUUUGUUGUGUCUGUACUCAAAGCAAGCUGUUUUUGCUGGUGAAAUGACCUAAAAUCAUCACCCUGUCUAGAAAUUGCUUUCUGCUGUUUGAUAAUCUAAUAUUUUGUCUCUCUGUCCUAUUAUUUCUGGAAUGAAUAAUUCAGGUACUACUGUCUGUACAACACUGACAGAGCAUUAGCAUAAAUACUGGUGUAAAAGAAUUGUCGAGCAGGACAACUUGGAAUACGUUUCCAAUACUAAAACUGCUGUUAAAUUGCUUCAAGACAUGGAAAAUUGCUAAAUUUGUCUGGAUGUACUUAUCAACCAUGCUAUGAUGGGUGACACACAAUCAUGUCUCCAUCUAUGAUAUGCACAUACUGCCUGUGCAUAUCAUAUCCCCAUCAUAAUUAUGACCUAUUUAUAUAUUCAGAUUAUAAAUCAUACAAGAGGUUACAGAACCUAUCCAGUUUGGGGCUGGUACAGCCUUAAUAUAUUGGCUGAGUAACUCCCCUGCUUUUUCUAUGUCCAGUACUCUUUUCUGUAGUUCACUGUUAGCCUGUGUUACACAGAAAAAACACUGAACAAAGAAAGUUGCUUCCAUCUGGAUAACAUUUUUUGGAGUUAUUGUACUUGUAUUUUCUGUAAGAGUGCAAAAACAAAACAUCUUAGAAGGUGAUGGAAUGAAGCAUGUCCCUGCUUUUGUAAGACUUUCUUAAGAUCAUGAAAGCUAAAUGUACACUAGCUUUCAGGCUGUCAAUGAUCACCUUCUUCACUAUCGUAUUAAGUUUUUUGCUCAGAUUUUUCAGUAUCUUUCACCUCCUAAUUCCAAGAGCAAUAAAUCUAGUUUUCCCUUUCUCUAUGUAAUUGCUAUAUCUUUAGCAAAGUAUUAAAUUUUCUUUUGAGAGAUUUUAGUCUUUACACACACACACCCCCCUUGCUAUUGAUGUGAAGAAGCAUCCCUGCCCUGGUGCCCUCCAGCUGUGCGAGAUGGCAGCUCUGAUUGUCCCUAUUCAGCAUGAUCAUUAGUCUCACUAGCUGUGAAUGAUGGCGCUAGUAGUCCAGCACAUCUGAAAAGCACUUGGUUGGGAAAGCUGUUCUCAUGUACUUUUGAGAAGCCCUAACCUCCCAGUGAUUCAGCAGGCAUUACCUCUAGUUGUUACCCUUUCAGAAUCAGGCUGAUCCUCUCACAUUUUAGUCUUUCAAGUUGUAUUUCAGAAGAGACUAUUACAUAUCUGCUACAAAUAUUUGUUCAAAUAAAAACGUCAUGGCACACAAUGUUUUUUUUUAUUUUUAACUGAGAAGAUAUUGACUUGAACUUGCUAAUGGACUGUCUCUUACCAUUAUGGUUAGCCUCACAUGACUGUCACGUUAUAUGACUGUUUUCCUAGUUGCAAUAUUAUUGUCUUCCAGUUUUCUUUGUUUUGUUCUUUGUUUUUAUAUGAAGUAAUAACUGUAACCAUUCUGGCUCAUCUUACUGUGUGAAAUACAAUGUGUGUUAUCCCUGUAACUGAUUCAGUUAGAUGUUAAUAAAUAUUACAUCUUAAAUA